UUUUUUAUUUUUAAAAAAAAAAUUAAAAAACAAAAAAAACCACAUUAUCAUUCAUUCAUUCUUAUCAAGUACCCCAAAAAUGUGAGUAGAUCAAUACAUAAAAAUGUCGGUCCUUAGAUGUGUGGUGUACGUGUAUUAAUGAUUUAUACUAUAAAAUAAAUAAAUAAAAAAUAGAUUUCAUAAAAUAGGAAAGAUCCCUUGAGAUUCCAUUCCCCUAUAUUAAACCCCGGCUUUAGAUUCUUGAGCCGUCGCACUUUAUCUCUCUUCUUCUCUUAAAACAUUCUCACUUCUCUCUUCCUCUCUAUUCGUGUCCGCCGCUAUUAAAUUUUUAAUCUUUCAUCUAUUUUUUUUCCGUACACCUUUCCAAAUUUUCAGAAUGGGAUAUUUCCUGGAUGCAAUUGGGAAAACGGUGUGUCUAUGGUGAUAUUAUCUUAAAUUCUUUUGAGAUAGUUGCUCGAGUUGUUGUUAUGGACCGAAGGGAUACAUCAGGAUUUGUCAGUGGAGGAGGUCUUCAUCUCUAUGAAUCUGCAUUGCACAUAAUAUUGUCAUUCCUUUGUUUAUACUAGUUGGAGUGGCUUCUUAAUUUUUUGUUUAGAUAUCAGUUAGAUGAUAAGUAUUCUUUCAAAAUAAAGCAUGAUGGAUGGCAUCCACAAGCCUUUCAUGUGGAAUUCUUUACUGGAUAGAUGCAAAGAUUCAAAUGGAACUGAUGCUGGCUCGAGUCAUUUAGUGGACACUACCUUGCGACUACAUUGUCAGAGCGUUUUAGCUGUACCCUCUUAUUUGUAUGAUGCUGGAGCUAGCAAAAGAGUAACAAAUGCAAGUGAUGAAGUGAGUAUAAAGCAUGAGAUUUCUCUGGCCCUUGAAUUGGGUAGUUCCCUAGAUGGCAAGAUCGAAUAUGCUGCUUCUAGGACUGCCUUAACUUCUCAAAUAGAUGUUGGAAAGGAGUGUCCAAAUGAUAUUUGCCUUGAUCUCAACAUUGAUCUGGGAUAUAAAAUAGCUUGCAAGGACUCGAAAUACUCUGGCAACAGUUUUGAAGCACCUAAGAAGGAGCAAUAUAUGGUUGACCUUGAGUUAAGCUUGUCUACUGCAGCUGCAGAAUCUGAUCUCACUAGUGUCACCCUGACUUCAUCGCCUAUUCAGAAUGUGACAUCUGAAUUUGAGCAACUUGUGGAUGAAGGAUCAACAUCAUCAAAAUGGAAACGAGGACCUAUUGUACCUCUUGUAGAUAGGUUCAAUGUGAACCCAAUUUCAGUUGUCUCAAAUGUCUCAGCAGUCUCGGUCUCUUUAUCACUUCCUAGAACAGAUGGCGCCACUUCUUGCGUUAAACAGCAGCGCAAGACCUCAGUUAAGACUUGCCAGUUUCCUGGCUGUCAAAAAGGCGCAAGGGGUGCUUCAGGUCAUUGUAUUUCCCAUGGAGGUGGGCGAAGGUGUCAGAGAACUGGUUGUCAAAAAGGAGCAGAAGGCAGGACUGCGUUCUGCAAGGCUCAUGGUGGUGGCCAAAGAUGUGAACACUUGGGGUGCACCAAAAGUGCUGAAGGGUGCACUAAUUUCUGCAUCGCGCAUGGAGGUGGAAAGCGAUGUGGAUUUCAAGGAGGUUGCAAUCGUGCAGCAAGGGGAAAAUCCGGCCUUUGCAUCCGCCAUGGUGGUGGAAAGAGGUGCAAGAUUGAAAACUGCACUAAGAGUGCUGAGGGGCUUGCUGGUCUCUGUAUUGCUCAUGGAGGUGGGCGCCGUUGCCAAUUUCCUGAAUGUACUAAAGGUGCUCAGGGAGGUACAAAACUCUGUAAGGCUCAUGGAGGAGGAAAAAGGUGCACCUUUUUAGGGUGUACCAAGGGAGCUGAGGGAAGCACGCCUUUUUGUAAAGGACAUGGUGGGGGAAAGCGAUGUUCAUUUCAAGGAGGUGGUGUCUGCACCAAGAGUGUACAUGGAGGUACCUUAUAUUGUGUUUCUCAUGGUGGUGGCAAAAGAUGUGCCUUCCCUGAAUGCACUAAGAGUGCAAGGGGACGUACAAACUUCUGUGUUCGCCAUGGUGGAGGAAAAAGGUGCAAAAGUGAAGGAUGUGAAAAGAGCGCACAGGGAAGCACUGAUUUCUGCAAGGCACAUGGAGGAGGUAAGCGCUGCUUGUAUGGCCAACAAGGUUCGGGUUUUGGUGGAGAUGGCGAUAGCCCUUGUGAUAAGUUCGCAAGGGGUAAAAUUGGUCUUUGCGCUGCCCAUUGUGCACAAGUUGAAGACAAGCGAGUCCAUGGAGAUGGUACAGUGGGCCUGAAGAUGGAAGAAAUUGCUGCUGAGAACUUUUUUGCCUGCAUGAACAAUGUUGGCACAGAAUCAAACUUAACUUCUUCGAACAGUUUCAAUCUGCCUGAUGACAAGCCCUUGUUGGAUCAGUAUGGUCAGUCUUCAAAUUCAGCAUCCCUUGAAGGAAGGGUGCAUGGUGGAGGUCUUAUGGCUAUGCUGAGACAAUUCUAAUCUCGAACGCUGUCUGUCUAUAUGUGAUUAUGGAAUAGUGAACAGGGGAAGUUUUUUUCUCAAUACAUGUUUACGACAUGUGGUAGCUUUCUUUCAUUGUUCUGGCAUAGUUUAAUCCUCAAAAACUAGGGUGUGGUAGUUGAAUAUUAGCAAAUUUCUAAGGUUAGUGUUAGCAUGCUCAUUUCACUAGCAAAUGGUGUUAGACAUUGUUUGUGUUAGUACUGAAUUUGUUUCAACUUUUUUUUAUAUUUUUAUUUUUGGGAAAGGGUAAACAUUAGUUUGUCAUGAUUGUAAAUGUUUUGUGAAUAUAGAUUUCUAAGCUGUUGCCCGUUAGUA